AUUUGAGACGCACCCGCGAUGAAGAAAAACGAGCAACAAGCUAACGCUAAAGCUAAUCAACAACACUGCGUCCAUUAAUCCGCCGGAUUGUCUCUGUAUUCUGUCUGAUGUGGCGUCUGUUCUUUAUGUGGAGUAGAGACCGUGGCGAAUGGUGAGGAUAUAAUGCAGAGUUCUCGACAUUUCUUUCCAUGCACUGAAAGCUGCACAUUUAUGGCGUUUGUGAGUGUGAGUGGAGAUUUCUGCCAGGCACAGCACCUGGUCAUUGUGGAUAAGUGAAAAGUCGGCGUGCCACAUGAAGAUUACGCCACACGUCUACUGUCCUACCUUGUGAGCCCUGGGUUCGAGGCUGUCUUUGCCCAAAGUUCACGCGUAUGAGUCGAUCUGAGCCAACUGAGGCGCUGACGAGCCAAUUUUUUUUUUUUUUUACGCCCUCUCCUCUAGCGCCAAAUGAUCAUCCCUUUUUCUCCUGAAUGGGAUAAAUAGAAUUUAAAAAAAGAUAAUCGGAAAAAUAGUCCCCGUCUUUUGUUUUUAUUAUUUUUCAAAUAGUUUUUUAAUAGUGGAAAUUUAAGCGUGUGUUUUGUUUUUUUAACUUUUGCGCUUUUUUUUAAUAUACCAAAAGUCAUUGAAUCACAACGUGCAAAUUAAAAAAAAUAAAAAAAUUCAUCAAACCAAUAUUCACCCACAUGUCAAGAUGAAUCGUCCUGCUCCUGUUGAAAUCACCUACGAGUGUAUGAGGUUUCUGAUUACCCACAAUCCCACCAAUUCACAACUGCCCAAGUUUACUGAGGAGCUGAAGACUUUUGGGGUGCAGACGCUGGUUCGGGUGUGUGAGGCCACCUACGACAAAGCCCCGGUGGAAAAGGAAGGCAUUGAAGUUCUGGAUUGGCCUUUUGAUGACGGCUGUUCCCCCUCUGAACAAAUCGUGGACGACUGGUUAAACCUUCUGAAGUGUAAAUUUAAAGAUGAACCAGGCUGCUGCAUCGCAGUGCACUGUGUCGCAGGACUGGGCCGAGCUCCUGUGUUGGUGGCCAUCGCAUUAAUCGAGUGUGGGAUGAUGUACGAGGAUGCCGUUCAGUUCAUUCGACAGAAGCGCCGUGGAGCCUUCAACUCCAAACAGCUCAUGUACCUCGAAAAAUACAAGCCCAAGAUGCGUCUGCGCUUCAAAGAUGCCAACGGACAAAACUGCUGUGUUCAGUAGAAGCCCGAGCCAGAAGGAUUAUGAAAUUAUUAUUAUUAUUAUUAUUAUUAUUAUUAUUGGAAAUCAAGUGUAUUUGGGAUAGUUGGAUUUUAUUUUGUUACUUUACGUUAUUGUGCCAAGCGCGCGCACACAAGAUUAUUAGUGUCCAUAUUAUCAGCAUAUGAUUUUUAAAGAAAAUAAAUGUCAUGUGGUUUAUUAAAUAUUUAAGUGCACACAGGAAAUACAGCACAAAUGUGUGCACAUUCACUGAGUGAGCAAUUACAGACGCGUACAGUUCGUAUCGAGUGACGUUCAUGCUCCAUUUUAAACAAAUAGCCUCAAAUUAGUGCAUAAACACUGCAAACACAUGCACAUAUGCGCACACACACACACACACAGGUUUAGACAUCCAACAGAAAAGCCUGAUCGUGUGUGUCCUUUAGAGGAAAAGUAGUUCUUAGUUAUGUUUUAAAAAAAAAAAGUCCCGAAUCAUUUCAAUGGUUUCAGUUGAUGCUUGUGACGUAAAAGCUCUAAUUUCUGUAAGGUUACGUGAGCACAAAAAUAUCUAUAGUGCUGCAUACGCAACGCAACUGUGAUAAAUACAGAAAGGUUCCAGAUCACACCUUCAGGACAGUAAUGUGUGGAAGGAAUGAAUCAUGUCCUGGAUUAUCUCUUGCUGCUGACUCGAAAUAAAAUAAACUAAAGGUGUAAAUGA